ACCUAUAUAUUAGUAUUGUUUCCUUAAUAAUUGGAAUUAGUAUUGAAUUUUUUUGAUUAAUAUAGCAAUUGAUAAUAGUUAACAUAUUAACAUAUCUCUAAUCCUAUUAAUUUUAUUAUAAUUUAUCAAUCAUGUCUAGUGCCUCAUUACAUUGGUUAACCCAAUUGAAUACUACAGAAACCCCUGAUAAGGUUUUAAGAAGAACUUCAAUUAUUGGUACUAUUGGUCCAAAAACCAAUGAUGCUGAAGUUAUGGUUAAAUUAAGAAAAGCUGGUUUAAACAUUGUUCGUAUGAACUUUUCUCAUGGUUCUUAUGAAUACCAUCAAUCUGUUGUUGAUAAUGCUAGAAAGUCUGAAGAAUUAUACAAAGGUAGACCAUUGGCUAUUGCUUUAGAUACUAAAGGUCCAGAAAUUAGAACUGGUACCACUGUUAAUGAAGUUGACUACCCAAUUGCUCCAGGUCAUGAAAUGAUUUUCUCUACUAAUGAAAAAUAUGCUAAAGCUUGUGAUGAUAAGGUUAUGUACCUUGAUUACAAAAAUAUUACUAAAGUUAUUGAUGUUGGUAAGAUCAUAUAUAUUGAUGAUGGUGUUUUAUCUUUUGAAGUUCAAGAAGUUGUUGAUGAACAUACUUUAAAGGUUAAAUCCAUCAAUGCCGGUAAGAUCUGUUCCCAUAAGGGUGUAAAUUUACCAGGUACCGAUGUUGAUUUACCAGCUUUAUCUGAAAAGGAUAAGGAUGAUCUUAGAUUCGGUGUCAAGAACGGUGUUCACAUGGUCUUUGCUUCUUUUAUUAGAACUGGUGAUGAUAUUAAAGAAAUCAGAUCCGUUUUAGGUGAAGAAGGUAAAGAUAUUCAAAUCAUUGCUAAGAUUGAAAAUCAACAAGGUGUUAACAAUUUCGAUGACAUUUUAGCUGAAACCGAUGGUGUUAUGGUUGCUAGAGGUGAUUUAGGUAUUGAAAUCCCAGCUCCUCAAGUUUUCGUUGUUCAAAAACAAUUGAUUGCUAAAUGUAACUUAGCUGCUAAGCCAGUUAUUUGUGCUACUCAAAUGUUAGAAUCUAUGACUUAUAACCCAAGACCAACUAGAGCUGAAGUUUCUGAUGUUGGUAAUGCUAUCUUAGAUGGUGCUGACUGUGUUAUGUUAUCUGGUGAAACUGCUAAAGGUAACUAUCCAUUCGAAGCUGUCUCUAUGAUGCACAACACUGCUAUUAUUGCAGAAAAGGCCAUUGCUUAUCAAUCCUUACACAAUGAAAUCAGAUCUUUAGCUAUCAGACCAACCCCAACCACUGAAACCUGUGCCGUUGCUGCUGUUUCUGCUGCUUAUGAACAAAAUGCUCAAGCCAUUGUUGUUUUAUCUACCUCUGGUUUAUCUGCCAGAUUAGUUUCUAAAUACAAGCCAAAUAUUCCAAUUAUGAUGGUUACUAGAAAUGAAAGAUCUGCUAGAUACUCUCACUUAUAUAGAGGUGUUUAUCCAUUCGUCUAUACCAAGGAAAGAGUUGAAAACUGGCAAGAAGAUGUCGAAAACAGAUUAAGAUGGGCUGUUUCUGAAGCUGUUGAAUUAGGUAUUAUUACCAAGGGUGAUUCCAUCAUUACUGUCCAAGGUUGGACCAGAGGUUCUGGUCACUCUAACACUGUCAGAGUUGUCCAAGCUUAGGUUGAUUGAUAAUUUAAAAAUUAAUUACUUCAAUUCUCGUACUUUCGUACUAUUACUACUAGGCUUAUCCACAGCUUUGAUUUAUACUAAUAUGAACCUUAUAUACUUGAUAAAUAUAUAUCAUACUAAAAACAGAGA